AUGGCCGCCCAGCAACCCUAUGACGGGCCGCAGCAGGUCCGAUUCAGCUCAGCAAACCAGGAAAUAGAGCCGGUCCCAAAUGACCAGAGCGUGGAAUUCCUCGGGGCUCCCGACUAUCGACAAAGGAAUGACCUCAGUCCGGAGGAGUUGCGAAACCUGUCGGCCAAUUUGCAAGCCUCGCGCCUUCAAUCUAGGAGAAUGGAGCAUUUUGCUUUCGAACCCGUGUCUCUUCCGUCGUCGAGGGCGCCUUCGAGAAACGCAUCGCCUUCACGAAUGUCAGGCCAUUCCGCCGCCCCCUCUCCCGCGGCCUCUCCUCACGUUGGUCCCAUGCAUACUCCGCCAUUGACGCCCUCCGGGACAUAUGUGAAAGAAGUUAGAGGCAGUGUAGGUAGCAAUAUAGGCGUUCAGCGGGCUCCAGACCCCGCUACCAUGACGCCGCAAAUCUCUCCGCCUCAUGAGCCUCCGCCAACGUCGAUGGGCAACGUGUAUGAGAAGAAGAGAGUUGGGUCUGCUGCUUCACCGCCGCGCCUAUCGCCAAAUACGGCAGAGACUCAUAGACGGCCGGCGUCAUUGUCGGAUGUGAGUGGGGUUGUGCCCAGCCAUCCUGGGCAUCCUCGAAACUUUUCCAUUGGCCCGACUGGCGAUUCCGUGCCAGUAUCGCGCGAAACCAGUCCCUCAGGCACUCCUGGUACUUCGACACCGUACAGCAGACCGUUCACACCAGCUGGUGAGCGAGAGGACCCAUAUGCUCGGAACAAGCGACCUCCGCAGUCCCGGAAUGUGGACAGUAUCGAUGCCAGGUUUCACUUUUUCAGAGCACACAACAAAGGCAAAGACCCCUCACCAUCGUCAUCUACUACCCAAUUGCCCCGCUCUCGCGGCAGCGGCGUGGAUUUGAAGUCGUUAAACGACAGCAAGCGCCACAGCAUUUUUGGUGGGAGCAGGAAGCAUGACGAUAGCGACCAAGAAGACAGGGCGCAUAUGGAGAAGAAGCAUGGGUCUAUGUCUGAGCUGAAGCGUUUCUUCAAGUUGGGUGGCCACAAGCACAAGGAAAAGCGAGCUCGGUCGCCCGCUAAAUCCACCAAAUCUGGAACUCGCACACCACCGUCGCACACCGGAUCCAUCAGCGUGCCUUUCGCCGACGACCAUGGACUGGAGAGCAAGUACGGCAAGUUCGGAAAGGUGCUAGGAUCUGGUGCUGGAGGCUCGGUCCGACUCAUGAAGAGAAGCAGUGAUGGAGUAACUUUCGCCGUGAAGCAGUUCCGCCCCCGACACUCCUACGAGACCGAAAAGGAGUACAACAAGAAAGUCACCGCUGAGUUCUGCGUUGGCUCAACUCUGCAUCACGGCAACAUUAUUGAGACCAUGGACCUUGUCCACGAAAAGGGCAACUGGUACGUGGUCAUGGAGUACGCCCCCUAUGACUUGUUUGCUGUUGUCAUGACGGGCAAGAUGAGCCGUGAGGAAGUCACCUGCACAUUCCUGCAGAUUCUUAGCGGAGUGACAUACCUCCACGACAUGGGGCUUGCACAUCGCGACUUGAAGCUGGAUAACGUAGUGGUCAACGAGCACGGGAUCAUGAAGAUUAUCGAUUUUGGCAGCGCGGCUGUCUUCCAAUAUCCGUUCGAGAACGAUCUCGUGCUUGCAUCCGGCAUCGUCGGAUCUGAUCCUUAUCUUGCGCCCGAAGUCUAUGACCUUCCCAAGUACGACCCGCGGCCCACCGAUGUGUGGUCGUUAGCAAUCAUCUACUGCUGUAUGAUCCUGCGCCGCUUCCCAUGGAAAGCUCCGCGGCUCUCAGAUAACUCAUACAAGCUCUUUGUCUCCGAGCCGUACGACAUUCCUCGGCGGUCAGGUGAAAUCAGCAGGUCAUCCGUAAGUCUUGACCAGACUGCCCGCGACAACAGGAGCAGCCGAGUAGGCCCGCAGUCGGAGCCGGCCUCAAGAGCCCCCAGUGGCGUUGGCGACGGCGAGAGCGGCGCACCCGCCACAGACGAGAGCAGGCCUGCUGGUACCGCCAACGGGCAGCAGCCGCAGCAGCAGCAGACUAUCAAAGGGCCGUGGCGAUUGCUUCGACUGCUCCCUCGUGAGACUCGCCAUAUCAUCGGCCGCAUGCUCGAAGUUGAUCCCAAAAGGCGCGCCACGCUUGAGGAGAUCCUUGAAGACCGAUGGAUCGCUACCAGCCCGGUCUGCCGUCAAGAGGAGGGCGGCCGAGUCAUCAGAGCUGAAGGCCACGAGCAUACGCUGGAGCCGGGCUCGGCGGUUAGCGCGCCCCCGUCGAAAAACAAGUAG